UCCAGGCCUGCCGGGAGCGUCAAUAUGGCGGCGCAGAGCGCCCCCUCGAACUCUCCGUCGGACGAGUCCACCACCUCGGGGUUGCUGCCAGAACUGCCGUCGACCCAGCUCCUGACCUCCACGGUGAUUAAGGAGUCAAACGGGAGCUCCCGGUGCUCUCUGCUUCAGGGGACCUGCCCCGAGGACUCGUUGCCCGUAGCCGUGUUUUAUGGGCCGCUGGACGAGAAAAACCCGCUUCUGGCCUCUUGUGAGAAGGAGAUCCGGGAGUUGUUAGGCUUUAUGAGGAAAAAGAAGGUUUUUGCCACCACAGAGGAAGAGAAGCACGAAUUCCGCCGGCGUUGUGCCACUUCUUUGUUUAAUAUCUGGACUAAAUACGCCCCCAGGCUGCCAGCUGACUAUUACAAUGAAAAGCUUCUGAAGGUUGGAGAUAGCCUUUGUCAAAUGAAAGAAUACAAACUGGCCCUUUUACAAUGCUAUGGAAGAUAUCUUCAGCAGUUCAGUACCAAUUUUGAUGAGAAUAAAGUAGAUGUAACUCAAUUCAAAGCUGCCUUUUUCCCAAAAGGCUUUAGAGAUAAAACUGCUGGACUUACAUUUCAUGCUUUGAGUGGCAAAAAUAUGUGCAACUACCAGCUGGUCUGCGACAGUGAUGAAAACCUGCAGAAUAAAGAAUCCGUGGUCCAGUGUCUGCAUAUCUUGUCUUUCUUAAGGCUCAUCAUGCAGGUGGCUCUGCCACAGGAGCAUCUUUGCUGGAUUAUCUUCAAUGGUACCAUUUAUAUUUACACCAUUUGCAGAAAACUGAUGGUCAUAGGUCAGUCUUCCAAGGCCUUAGAGUAUCUCCUGUGGGCCAGCAUGUGUAUGGAGUCCUCAGUCCCACUUCUGUCGCUCAGGUACUUGACAUGGCGGGCUACUCUCUACACGGCUGUUUGCCAGUGCUGCUAUGAUUGCCAAGCCGGGAUUCACGGAGAGGCAUUUGCUCGGCGUGCUUUGGGUAAAAUUGAUGAGUUAAGGCAACUGGAGUUAAUGAGCUCCUCAAAAUUCCAGGAAGAAUCGAGAAGAUAUUUUAGAGAGGCCACAAUAAAGAUGGCAGUGAUGAUCUUCAAAAGAGGAGUCUUUGAAUCUAGAAGAAAAAACAAAGCUUUCUUUAGACCCAAGAUAAGAAUUAACCUAAAGGAAGUACAAACUUUUUCAUGGCCACGUACUGUCACAGAGCGGCUACUGGAUGAGAUGUUUGAUAGCGCCGCAUCCCAGUUUCUGGCUGUCUUGGAAGCUCUUUCUGAUUCAAAUAGGCGAAUACUGCAAACUGGACCCAUUGUUACAGAUGAAGUGGAGAUUCAUGAUGUUGUUUCAGAACUGUUUAUGGCAGGAAAACAACUAUUGAUAAUGUCAAAUACUGGUGCAGAUGGAAUGCUUGAUUUUCCGAAAACAUCUCUUCUGGAACUUGUGAUAGAAAGAAAAGAUGUUAUUUCUGUGGAUGCUGCUGUGAAGUUUACAAAAUUAGCUUUUACUUAUGAGGAGUGGAGUUUAUUUGAAUCUUCUGCUGCACAUCUUAUUUAUUUUCUCCAGAGGCAGGAUGAUCCAGAGUCAAAGAAAGCAGAGAAGGAUUUAACUCUUCUGAUUGCAAUGGAACCACUAAUCAACAUAAAGAGAAACAAAGGUUUGAUCUUUCCUUUGGAAAACUAUAGAGAAGGAGAGGCAGCUCAAAUUUAUUUAAAAAAAAUUGCUGUUCAGGAUACUUAUUUGAAGAUUUGUGGAUAUUCAGAGGAUAUUUUCCAUUUGGCAGCAACCUUGUGUUUCUGUGUCUGCACCAGUCCUCAGGAUGUUCAGCCUGAUAAGGAAAUCGUUGUGGACACAAUAAUGUUCCUAUGGCAGAAAUGCAAAUUAGGAAUUCAGCGGCUCAAUAUAUCCAGAAAUGACUAUGCAAAAUUCACCCAGAAAAUCAGUACUAACAAAUGGAUUUAUCUUCUGUGGCAGUUAAAUGAAGUAAUUCACUGCUCUAAAAUGGAAGACAUUGACAUUGUGGUAGUGGCAGAAGUCACAUUACGGUUAAGUGAAAUAUUGGAAUCUUUAGGAAGCCCAGGAAGAAAAUUUAAAAAAUCUCUAGACGUACCUUUAACAAAAGGGACUGAUGAAUUCCCUGGAGCUCCAAAAGGGAUCACAGAAAUUCUUCCAAUAUUAAAGAAAAAUCCUGUGGAACAGUUACUUUUUGCUUAUAAACUUCUUGACAAAGCAAUAGGUGGAAUAAAUUUGAAUUGCAUGUUAACCACUUUGCCAAAUGGAUCAUCAGUAAUUGACCACUGCUAUGCCAAGCAUACCCACCAUAUAGAUGGAGAUACUUACAAACCACUUGCCUCAAAUAGUUUCAUGAUGGAUUUGCAUCUUGAACUAAUUCAAGCUCAGCAUCGAAUAGCUGUUGUGCUUCUGGACAAAUUGCAAGUUUUGCAGACUCCAACUGUUAGCAAAGAUAUUUCUACCAAGGGUCCAGAAAAGUUAAAACAAUCUAGAAGCACUGAUUGUUUUACAGAAUUAAAUAUAAUGAAUAAAAUAAAGAAGAAUACAUUAUCCAAAGCAAUUUACUUAAUGCAGAAAGCUCUUUUAAUAUUCGAGAAAGAUGCAACCUCUACAUCUUCAUGGGAAUUUUUGACGGAAGCAUAUUCUUUAAUUGAGAGGAUUGAAGCUGAACAAAAUGCCCUGUAUUCCUAUCAGAAAUAUUUGGAAAGUUCAAAAAGAAAGAAAAGCAGAGUCCCUCCUCCACCUAUCCUGCUGUCUCGAACUCACUGUUCUGUGACACUCAAACCUGCUCCAUUUACUUCAGAGGUUAAGGUCUCUUGGUACUGCAUUUUGGGUUGCAAAGCAGAAGGAAGUUAUGGAAAAGUACGGCUAAACAAUAAUCAUCUCCCAAAUUCAGGAGAAGCGAUACCAGCUGACGGUAAAAGCAUUUUCGAAGUGAAAGGUUUAGAAACCAAUGAAAAAUAUGUAUUUGCAGUUGCUGCCUAUUCUAAUAAUGGAAAGCUUGUUGGGGGUGCUAUUGGGGAGACAACUAAACCAAUUCUGAUUUAUCCACCUCUUUCAACUAUUACUGCUCGGAUGUUCCUCACACAGGUUGCCUAUCAAGUUGGUAACUAUGAGUUGGCUAAGAAAGUUUUCUCACCAGUUUGGGAUUAUUUUGUUGCUUCCCCACUUCAGGAUGAACAAUCUGUUAUUUGUUUAAGCAAUAUAAUUACUAUUACACAGAGAAGAUUACAUGCAGAUAUUUUGGCAGAGACUUCUUCAAUCCUCUUAUACCUUUUUCUCAGAAACAUUUUUGUAAUAAGUGACAUCAAAAUUAAAGAAGAAAAUCUCUUCUGUGAUAAUAUUAAAGGCAAUGAGGUUUUCCCAUCUCAACAAAUUGCCAGACUGAUUGAAUGUGAGAGAGUAUUAGUGGCAUUGGAACUUAGCAACUCUCUAAAUGAUUCCAGCUAUGCUCUUCAAGCUGUGACUCAAUGUUAUGGCCUUCUUGCUCCCAUAAUCUAUCACAAUAUUGUUUUGGUACCUGUUGUACAGAUCUUGAUAAAGUGUAUAGUGGUUUUGCAAGGACUACCAAAUAUCGUCUACUCGAAGAAACAUACUGCGAGUUUUGAAAGCGUACAGCACAUGAUAGCUUGUUGUAUCUUCUAUAUAACAAAGAUUCUGCGUUCAUGGAGGGAAUAUGACCUGGCAGUAAUGAUUAUAAAUUACGGGAAAAAAAUGUUGGACAUCACACCAGAAAGCAAGUCUCUGUUGGAUGGUAGUAAUGAACAAGAAGAAAUGCCAGAGGAGGAUUCUUCUAAGAAGUCUUUAAAGACUAAGAAGCCACAGCAGAUACUGUUGCCUGAAAAGAUAAAUGAACAGCUGGCUUUGUUGGAGACACACCUACUCAAACUGACAAAGCAAUAUGUUACAUCUGAACUCUCAGGAGGAGAAGACCCUAUAUUUCUUUAUCCUGUAGUUGUGAAUUGGUCAAUCAAAGGUGCCGUGAAAGAAGUUAUGAAAUUUAAGCAAAAACCAAGAUUUCUGGAAUUCUUUACACAAGUUAUGCUAAAAUGCAUGAAUGAGGAAAAAUUUCAUCUUGUGGUAGAGAUAACAAUUCCUGUCCAUGACUUCUUGAAAAGGAGAAAUGAGUCUCUACUUGAAAUAAAAAAAGUGAAACAUAAGGACAGUGCUUUAAAUAAAAAAGCAAACAAAUCUUUAAAGUUCAAAGCUGCCGUAAUGGAAAUUGGAAGAAGUGCAGAAAUUCAACAAAGAAUAAGAAGUAAAAGAAAGGAAACUCUAAGAGAUCUCAUUUUAAAACAUCCAGCUAUUUCUGAAAUGAUGGCACAUGAAAGAAAUAAGAGAGCCAGUGUUAGAAGAGCAGCACAACGGUACCUGAUGGAUUACUUGAAUCCUCUAAUAUCAACUUAUAUUAAAAGAAAGAGGUUCCGUCGUGUUUCUCUUGAAGAGAUGCCCUGGAGAGCUCAGAUGAACCUGUAUCUAGCAGGCGCACACUUCAACCUGGUUUUACAAAAGCUGGGGGAGCAUGCAAAGAUGAAAUCUGGCACUUCACAUAUGAUGGUCAGUUUCAGAUCAUGUGAUCCUAACAUAUUCUCACUCUAUAAUUCAGGAACAGUAUUACCAACAAGAAAAUUGACUGUAGAAAAUUAUAAAGCAAUGCUUGAUUUCCUUCUUACAGCCAGAAAAAGAAAGGCCAACUUACCAUCAGAUGCUGAAGAAUUUUCUACAUUUAUUAAUUCCAAAAUGAGUGAUGAAAAUAUGUCCAAGACACAAACAGUUCACGACUCAGACUCUCAAUCAGGUUCUAGUGCUAAAGAAAAGGAUCGAGGAGCAAAUUUGUGUGUAAUGGAUCAUUUUAUGAAAAUCUUUUUAUACUGCAGGAGAGCAAUGGUUCUUGCUCAUCGUGGUGGCUAUUGGACUCUGCUUCAGAACUGCUGUCGGGCCUUUUGGAACUUUACUCAGGAACUACAAAUACUUCUUAAACAGGGAGUGGAUAUUUAUAAAACAUUUCCUAUUAGUCAAGAUGGUUUCCUCUGCACCUCUGUUUUACCAUUCUAUUUGGGAGCAGAAUUACUUAUUGACAUGCUAAUACAACUACAAAAUACCAGUUCUAUUAAGCCUAUUGAAGACAAAGGAGAAUUCAGUGUUCCAAGUUGUUAUGGGAAUAUUAAAAAUGAUAACGGUGGUUCUAGUCUUACAUUUGAGCAUCCUUUAGAUGAUGUAAAUGUGGUUGAUUUGAAAUGGAUCCACGACUUUGUGUUAAAAUCCCUGGAAGUUUUAUAUCAAGUGGAAAAAUGGGAAACACUAGUAUCACUUGCCAUUCAGUUCAAUACAGUUUCACAUGAGCGGUAUACAGAACAAGUGACACCACUCCUGGUGUAUGCACAGCGCCAGCUUCUGCUGAGAAUACACAAGUUCAAGGGCCCAGAUAUUACCCAACAACCUUGUGCAAGGUAUGAGGCUGAAUAUGGAGAGAAGAUAACCUGCCGAAAUUUUGUUGGGAAGCAACUUAAGAUUAAUUCUUCAACCAUUGAAGAAACAAGCAACUGUGCAGACUUAAAAAUGCUUAUCUAUUCAGAGUACAGCCGAGCCAAAGCGCUUGUCUGCGUGCCCGUGGACGUGACAGACACCUUGAGGUGUUUUAGAGAGACACUGGAAAAAUCCAAAUACCAUAACAGAUCAAUGCGACACAGCAGAAAGUUGCUUUCAUUAUUUCUUGCACAGACACAAGGAGAGAGAGGAGGAAUAAACAAUUCCAAAUGUACUUCUGGAAGGGUGGAAUUUUGCCUGGGGACAGAGGAGAUGCAUAUGUCAAUACCCCCUGACCUUUCUCAGGAGCACUUCAGAGUUUUUAGUUCCGUGGAGAAAAGCAAACUUCCAUAUUCACAACUUGGACUCGUAAUUUCUUCUUAUCACCAAACUAUUGAUGUUCUCCAAGCCAGUAAUCAAAGAAGUCUUAAAGUUCAGGCGUUGCAUUCACUUGGAAGUCUUCUCAUCUUUGCAGAAAAGAAAAGGGCUGCUUUUAAGUGUUGGUGUCAAGCUCUUGAUGACAUAUUCAGAAAACCAGACGUGCUGCACACGUGGAAAGAGUUUGGCCCCUCACUCACCAAUGUCACCAACAGCCAUUCACCUCUGGGUUUCAAAGACUACAGCAAGGAGUUUCUGUCAAAAGUUGGCAUCUGGGGGUGUUUGCAAGGAGCAGUCAUAUCAGCCAAGAUAGCACAAUUUAUUCAGUCAUUGAAUGUUGAAAAGAGAACUGACUGUUGCAUUUUGUCUGCAUUACUCUUUCAGGGUUUGCUUAGAACCACACUUCCACAUCCCAAAGCGGAACGUUGCUAUGCUCAAUAUGAAAUCACUCAACUUCUCCCAGGCAUUGAGCUCUUCUCAGACAGAUACAGGGCUGACAUUUGCUCUGUAAUUGCAAGUCUGUAUUACAUUAUACGUGAACUGCACUUUGUUAGGCAAAACCUAAUAGUUUUGCCUCUUCUUGCAUUGUACCAAUAUUUUGUUUCUGGAAUUUGUCAAGACUUAAUCAGAAAUCUAGAAGCAAGAAUCCUCAAGAUAGAAGUCCUUAUAGAUUUGAGAUUCUUUUCUGAAGCCUUUUAUGAGAUAUCCCAGAUUUUCUAUGGAAAAAACAUGCCUUGUUCAAUACCCGCAGGCUAUAAAGCUGCUGGAAAAAUGAAGCUAUUUCAAUCAUUUGACUCAGGAAAACCUCUUACCAGUAAAGAAAAUAUGCAGGCAAUUGAUGAAUUAAGAAAUAAAGGCUUGCCUGCCAUUCUGAUUACAAUUGGCCAACCGCAUCUCUCAAAUAAGUUUUAUUUUGUUAAAGCAUACUUUUUCCUAAGUGUGGCUGCAACAAUAAAUUGUGUCCCAGAAAAUAAACUGAAAACAGUAAUUACUGACAGGAGCAAACCAAACCUACCAAACUUGAAUGAGAUAUAUUCAAAAAAUGAUGGAGGUUCAUUUUAUCAUCUUACAAACAAUGAGGUCACUCUUAGCAUGCUAAAGUCAACUUUACUAAUGGAAGCUGAGGACAGGCUAAACAUCCUUCUGUCGGAGGUGGAACAUCCAGGGCUCAAGACCCUGUCUCAGUGCUCCGCUGGCGAGCUGGAGAUUGUGGUGGAGGCCAGGCUUCAGCUGGCUGCAGCUGCUCUGCAGAGGCAUCGGGCAGCAUACAGUGCUGCAAUAGUAUUUUCUACACUUACACUUCUCCAGGAUUCAAAACUUUUUCAAAAGAAAGUAGUACAGGAGGACACAGAGAAUCCUAUCUCUCCAGGAACUUCUGCCACUGACAAUAAAGAUGACAGUGAGUGUUUAGAUCCUAUUUCCCUUAAUGCCCGAGAAUAUUUCAACAUUCAUCUGUGGUUGAGGUGCCGCUCAGCGCUGGUGACUGCGUUUGUUGCACAGAUUCAUGGCAUUGGAAUUGUAAAAGAGGAUGAUAUGACAGAUUGCCUGAGCCUCAUCAAUGAAGUGUGUAUGGAGGCAAAAAGUGCAGGCGACACGGAACUGCAGGCUGAAUUAUUGACGCAAGCUGUAAUUCUUGGCCUACAAGAAAAGCAUUUAAAGGCGGACAUCAUAACAAAACUUCAGGAUAUAAUACAUUUGCUGGAAGGAAAUGAAUUUAUUUCUCCUCAAUCACGGCUAACUCUGGCAAGAAGCCUUGUUUUACUGGAUGACUUAACCAAAGCUGAGAAAUUCAAGGAAUCUCCCUUUUCAAAAACAGGAAAAUUAAAUUUGUUGACUCAGGCUCACAGUAUUCUAACUGAACAGAUGCUAACUUUUGGAGAAACAAUUGAAUUUCCUUCAUCAAACACUAAAUAUGCAAAUCCAUUAGAGCCUUUGAAAAAUAUCUAUCUUCCCCAUGUCAUGUUAUUGGCCAAAAUAAAAAUGAGAAUUGUGUGCUGCCAUCCUGCCAAGUUCAGAAAAAAGGAAAAACCAUCUUUGUAUCUUUUUCUUCUUUCAGGCAAAAUAGAACGUCAAAUACUAAUGGAAGAGAAAUCUCCAAGUUUUCAACUUGAGAGUUUAUAUGAAGCUAUACAACUAAGCCUGAAUAAUGAUCAAAACUCAGGAUUGAUAAGAGACUCCUACCUAGAAAUGGCUCUAUUGUAUUUUCAUCUGAAGAAGCCAAAAAGGAAUAUUUCAGGAUCACCAUUAACACUUAAGCCUCCUCUCAGAAGAAGUAGUUCUGUUAAAGAAACAGCAGCAAGUAAAUUUGAAAUGUACAGUUCAUUAGCCUGGAUUGCAAUAAGAGCUGCUGCACAGGUCAGUGAAGCUGUGCUGGCAAUUAACCUACUUAUGGGAAAGAAGAAUAUUAGAACCCAUAGAGUUAAUCAAAUGGCAUUAUCAAAUAUCCCAGAAUUUGCUGCUCUGGAUCUUUUGUCUUCGUAUACAGAUUACUUGCUUGAUAACUACCAAGUCAUCUUCCAGACUUCCUGUACAUUUUUGUACCAAAAUGAUGAUGCGUAUGACAGCACAGAUGGUAGAAAAAAGACUCAGACCAAAGUAGAUAUUACAUGGAUCCUUCUACUGCGCUACUAUAUUCACCUUCAGAGGAUUAAUAAUCUCAGCAAACUGUUAGCAUCCGCAACAACAGUUUCUGGAAUUUCUUUGCCAGAUGAUACACUUCUCACAUCCCUUUACAACUCUGAGUUGAUUUUGCGCCAGAAAGAAGUGCAUUUUUUCCUUAAAAAAUUCUUACAGCUGUAUUCUUCUUCUUCAAUUGAUGAAUUUCCAAAAGAACUUCUUUGUCUGGAAAAUCCCCCUCUUUCAGAAAAAGGCUUACAUGAAUCAUCAGCCAAGUUGUAUCGUGAUAGUUCCCUACAAUCCAUUUUAUCCUUUAAGCCUGUUUCAAGCUCAUCUUGUAUGGACAUAAUGCCAAUAGAAAUGGUAACACAAGCUUCAAACAAAGAACUUUGCUUUCAGUGGUACAUUCCUCCCCUGGAUAGACCUCCCAAGGAGACAGAACCUAUGGUUUUAUUGUUGUAUGCAUAUAAUUUGAAGCCUCUGAAGAUUUCAGAUGUUAGACAUUCCACAUUUAACAAUGUAUGUGCUGGCUCUUUAUGGAUUCCACUGAACAGGGUUAUUGCAAUUCAUGAGAAAUUAUCUAAUCUUGUACAAAUAGCUGAAAUAUCAUUGCCAGCAGCUCCUGAAAUUACCUCAAAUGAAAACGUAUAUGACAUAGGAGACGUGGAAGAGGAAUCAAUUGAUAAUGAAAUGGAAGACAUGAUUAUUGAGUGUUGUUCUGAAAUAGCAUCUCUGUUUUUGAAUGAUAAAGAGUCAACACCGCUAUCUGAGGUCCCAUUUGAUAUCUCGCUGCCAUCUAUAUUCAGUCUUGAGAGACUGUUUGAUCUGGCUAAUGGUUGCAUUUUAUCAGGAGGAAGACUUUUCAGCUGGAUAGUGUCAAUUAUUCCCUGAACAUCCUUUACGCGGGAUGAUAAAACUGAGAAAUAAGAGUGUGACAACAGACUGAGGAAUUUUUCAGCAAUAUCUGUCAGCCUUUGGAAAUUUGGUGAGAAUUAGUCAUGAUUCAAUGUUUUACUUGCACAGAAGCCUCCGGUUCAAACUUAGAUCUUGCCCCGUCUGAUUACUUAUGAUAUAUACAAAUACUCUAAAUUUUGCUUUGAGAUUUCGCUGUUGCUCAGCCAGCCUCCUGCAGCCUCAAAGGUGUUUUAGCUCCCAGUAGGACAGUUUAACUACUGUCUUCUCUGUGACUUCCAAGUCUAUGUAGCUCCUCAGCUUGCUCUCAAUUUGUCCAGCUGAUCUAUUUCUUCAUCAAGUUGUUUUAGCUUCCCUACUCUCUCCUGUGUUUUGAAAAGAAUAAAUUCUCAAGUAAAUUAAAACUACCUUCUGAUAAAAAUGA